AUGGAGCACAUCAGAUAUGUGAAGCAGCUUGAUGAUUUACUACAGGAUCCAAACUGUCAACUGAAGACACUGAGGUUUUUGGGUCCUGUUGCAGAGGAAGCCUGUCAGUAUGUGACUGGAAUUGUGGGUAAAAACUUGUUACUUUUGAGACAGCUGAAUCUAAGUGAAAGUGAAAUAGGAGACACACGAGUCAAUCAGAUUGCUGCUCUACUGCAGGAUAAACACUGUAAACUCAACACACUGACGUUAAGAUUCUGUUAUUUGACAGAUGAAGGUUGUUCAGCUCUCACUUCAGCACUGAAAUCAAACCCAUCACAACUGAGAGAGCUGGACCUGAGUGGAAAUCAACUAGGAGACUGUGGACUGAAAAACAUUUGUGAUCUACUGAUGAACCCACAAUGCAAUCUGGAAAAGCUAGA